AUGAAAACUGUGACUUCUCAGCAUCCUUCUUCAUUGUCACCACCAUCUUUUCUUCCUCCACAAAUUCCCGUCGAAGCGUACAUAGGAAGUUUCGUCACUCUGAUUGCUAACUUCGAUAUACGUUACGAAGGCAUACUCUGUUUUCUCAAUCUCCAAGAGUCGACUCUAGGUCUUCAAAACGUGGUAUGUUAUGGAACAGAAGGAAGGAACCAAAACGGAGUUCAAAUUCCUCCGGAUACUAAAAUUCAGAAUUACAUUCUUUUCAACGGAAAUAACAUUAAGGAAAUAAUAGUUCAGCCUCCUACUUGGGGUUUAGCAAGAGGAUCUACAUGUAGUAAAUCUUGUCUUGCCCCAAACCCACCGCUUCCUAUAAUUGUCUCACCAAACAAUCGAUCCGACGAUAAGAUACUCCAACAAUUUCCAUUGAUCUCGAAUGAAAAUCUCAUUCAACCGCAAGCUAAGACAGAGUCGAAUGCUUUCUCAGUUAAUGGAUCAGUCAAUGAUAGAUUUCCCAUUGCUUCUCAACCACAGUUUCCUUCAUACUUCUAUGACCCUUAUGUUUACCAGUCUAUGCCUUAUGCUGAACUUAGUCAAGCUCCUAUAUGGACGAAUAUUAUGCAUGACUCAUCUGCCUUCAAGAAUUCUGUAAGAUAUGAUUUUGAGGCAAUGACUAAGAACGCUAAGCAGUACAACAUAUGGGGUCCUUCCCAAACCAAGGAAGAAGAGAGUUCAAAGCCUACUUAUAACAUUGAUGGAUCUUCUUACAAGAUCUCGCGCACUCCGUUUGAGCCUAUUGGGAGACCUUGA